AUGCUCCUGCUCCUGCUCCUGCUCCUCCCACCUCUGCUGCUCGGCGCCCUCGCACGGGCGGCCGCGGAGCCAGCCGCCAGGGAGCAUCUCGACGGCCUGCCCGCGUACCACUACAGGGCGCCCAUCAAGGUGGAAUGCAUGAACCGCAGCUCAGAAACCGGCGAACACCUCGAAAACGCCAACCACGAACUGCAAUGGGUCCCCUUCCCCGUGUGCAACGAGACCGGCAAGCCGCUCGAGUUCCACUACGGCUACGAGGGCGAGGCCAACUGCACCCUCGACUUCGUCUCGGACCCCUUCUUCCACCUCCUCGAGUUCUACGUGCACAACGACGCCCCCAUGUCGUGCCGCCUGCCCGCGCGCCCGCCUGCCCAGGUCGACAUCGUGGGCGAGACCCCCCCUCCGCGGGAAUACAUCCCCCUCGUCUUCGCCCUCGCGGGCACGCUGCAGAUGAGCCACAUGCACAUCAGCACUCACAUGAACGUCCUGCUGCACAGCAUGCCCAAGCACCACCUGCGGCCGCACGACAGCGGGGUGCUCGACUCCGCCAUUGCCUACAGCACCAGCCCGCUGAGCCACAUGCAGGGCUCGCAGACGGCGCGCAUCAUCCCGGGGGAGCCGCUGCCCCUGACCUUUUCCGUCCGCUGGUUCCCCACGCCGCACCUGCCCAAGACCGAGGGCAAGGUCGAGUGGAGGGGCUUGGGUGGCCGGGGGUUUGCGCCCGGCGCGCUGCUGCACAGCUUGGUCUCGUUUGCGGCCGGCGUGCUCGUGGCCGGCCUGUAUACGCUGGGGGUUGUGCUCCCGCGGAGGCUGCGGGCGCGGUCCAUGGGCGGUGCCACGCCUUUGGGGUACGGGUUGAAGACGGCGGCGGUAGGGAACGGAUGGGGGUAUUCCAAGCGGAGGGACUGA